AUGCAUCCAAUUCGAGCUAUUAAAGAAAAAAUUGGUUCAGCAGUAGAAGAUAUUGCAGUUACAGCACCACAAAUAGUUAAAGAUGCUGUAGUAGCAAGUGGUGAUAAAAUUAAAGAUUUUAAUGCGAAAGUCCUUGAGCCUGAAGAACAAAAACUGGCUGAUGACCAUGGUUACACUCAUGGUGGUAAAAGAGAAAAAAUUGCUAAACAUUUAACAGGUAUAAGUAAGUAUGAAGCUGGUGCACAUUUCAUCGGUGAUCAUGUUGUUAAUCCAAUGCGUCCACAUCACGAUAAAGAUGAUUUACCACCACAACCACCACCACCAUCAGCAACUUAA